AUGGCUCCUGGAAAUGGCUCAGUUGUGACAGAGUUCAUCCUGAAAGGAUUAACAGACCGGCCAGAGCUCCAGCUCCCCCUGUUCUUCCUGUUUCUGCUCAUGUACAUGGUCACUGUGUUGGGAAAUUUGAGUUUGGUGACUCUAAUUGGGCUGAACUCACACCUUCACACCCCCAUGUACUUCUUCCUCUUCAAUUUGUCCUUAGUGGAUCUCUGCUAUUCUUCUGUCUUCACACCUAAAAUGCUGAUGCACUUCCUAUCAGAGAAGGAUAUUAUAUCAUAUGUGGGGUGCAUGGUGCAGCUCUACUUUUUUUCUUUUUUUGCCAUUUCUGAGUGUUAUGUGCUGACAUCAAUGGCCUAUGAUCGCUAUGUGGCCAUCUGCAAACCACUAUUGUACAAUGUAAUCAUGUCCCCUAAAGUGUGCUGGAGUCUUUUGCUUGGUUCAUACGUGAUGGCCUUUUCUGGAGCCAUGGCUCACACUGGCUGCAUGCUGAGACUGACCUUCUGUGAUGCAAACACCAUCAACCACUAUUUCUGUGACCUCCUUCCUUUGCUUGAACUCUCCUGCAGCAGCACCUAUGUCAAUGAGGUAGAGAUUCUCAUUGUGGUCGGUAUCAAUAUCAUUGUGCCCAGCCUCACAAUUUUUAUUUCUUAUGGUUUAAUUCUCUCCAGCAUUCUUCAAAUUAACUCCACUGAGGGCAGAACCAAAGCUUUUAGAACAUGUAGCUCACACAUAAUUGCUGUGUCUUUGUUUUUUGGAUCAGGUGCAUUUAUGUAUCUCAAGCCAGCCUCUGCUGGAACUAUGAAUGAGGGUAAAAUUUCUUCUGUAUUUUAUACUAAUACAGUUCCUUUAAUGAACCCCUUAAUUUAUAGUUUGAGGAACAAGGAUAUUAAAAUUGCUUUGCAAAGAACCCUGAGUAGCAGCAGAUUUUGA